AUGUUCGGGAUGAUGCUUGUUUCAUUGACACCAAGACAAGAAAUUUCAGCCAUUUUCUUGACAUUAUUUGCCACCUUAUGGAAUCUAUUUGCUGGUUUUUUCCUUCCUAGAACGCUAAUUCCAAUUUGGUGGAGGUGGUUUUAUUGGGUUUCACCCGUUUCUUGGACAAUGUACGGUUUGUUGACGUCGCAAAUUGGUGAUAAGAACAAUUUAGUUGAAAUACCCGAAGUGGGCAAUUUGCCCUUGAAUCUUAUUCUAAAAGAAAUGUUGGGUUAUGAAUAUCAUUUCUUAUCCAUUGUUGCUGUUGCUCAUACUGCUUGGGUUCUCCUCUUUUCCUUUGUUUUCGCCUUUGGCAUCAAGUUCCUCAACUUCCAGCAAAGAUGA